UAAUUACCGUCUCCAAAAUCUCGUAGGGUUUUUGAUUUGAUCACCUGCAACCCUCUCAAUGAAAUUGUAGUAUUUUCGCAAAGUGCAUCAAUAAACAAAAAUCCUCUGCAUGCAAAACAACAACACGAAAUCGAAAGAAAAGGGGAAUAAGAAAUUUUGUACUGAGUUGUGAACACCAAUAAGAUAUACAAAUAAAUGAAAACAAUGUGAAAAGUGUAAAAUAUUAAUGCGAUUUGUACAUGAAAACAACAGCGAAUGGACGCUUGAAUAGGCUUCAUUGAAAAUGAGCGCCAAUGCGCUGGACGAUGAAGAAAAUCAGACUUCACUGUCGAUUACGACGACAACUGUACUGCCAGGUCAAGAAAUCAUUGAGACUGUGGAGCCAGUGGAUUACAAUGAAUCGGAAAUUGGAAUCAUUGUGCAACACACGCCUAUUACACCAAAUAAUGGCAAAGGUGUUGCUGGCGGAAAAAAUACCAGCGAACGGAAAAUAAGUGGUGCUACAGCUCCAAACAACGAUGAAAAAUUACGUGCCGAGUUGGAUGCUGAAGUUAGUGAGCUAUUAGGUUCUGUAAUAAUGCAUAAUUGUACGGGAACUCGUGUUAGUGCACGAGUCAUUAAAAAAAUGAAGCAAGAUCAGACAAGGCCUUUAACACCGCCAAAUGAACGCGAGCCAACGAAGCGGGAUGAGAAGACAAUACAAAAGACACCUUCGCAAUUACGCAGUAAUAAAUCGACAUGGACUAAUUUAGAACGUAAUCACUUUUUUGACGCGCUCAACGAGUUUGGCAAGGACUUUGAAGCCCUCGGCAAUUACAUAAAUACAAAACUGAAAAGAAGAAGCUCAGCAGAUAAUGCGUUCAAAACGAAAGAUCAAGUGCGGCAACACUACUAUCAAACUUAUCAUAAAAUCUGUAAAUACAUAAAAUUCUCUGAUGAGGUUAAGAAACCAGCGCAGGAGUUGUAUGCGCUUGUCAACUAUGGUGAAAUGCGCAGAAAACUCCAGUUCGUCACUGAUAAGCAUUUCAUGAAGCUACGAACUCUCGUCUAUCAAGGUCAAAUAACUAUUCGUUGCAAAGGAAAAAAUUUACGCAUUAAAACACCAUCAUGUAAAGCGCUGAGGCGACUAAAUCAACUGGACGACUCCCUUGAGGACAUAAGACUUCCAACAAAAAUUGAAGUGGUUGUCAGUCCCGCCAACAUGGAAGCGUUUGGUCGCGUUCAGACAGUUGCACAAAAUCCGCGUGUUCGUACCACUGUGCCAUUACAUAAGAAACUUGUCAAUUUUAUAAAAACGUUUCAAAUUAAAUGGCGUAGCGCCGAACAAAAGUUAGCAGAGGAAGAAAUGAAAUUAUUCCCCACUUCAAUAGCGCCCAUGCCCGCACAACAUUCACCCGAUUGUAAUGGCCUACAGUCUACAGAUACGGCAGCGGAACGAAUACCAUCAUUUCAAGACCCAGAAAUGUGUUUUUUGCCCAAACCAGGUGUGCCUAUACAUCGUCCUCUGCUGAGCAUAACUGAAUAUCUUGGUAGUGGUAAUAUCUGUCUUGCAGCUUAUGAGGAGCGCAUGGGAGUAAAAGUGCGCGGCGAAACAUUUUUUCAAGAAAGAGCUGUUAGUAAGCGACCACGUACCGAUAGUGGCUCAGAGAAGCGUUCGCCCGAUGCAAAAAAGAAUAAGCAAUUCAAUAGUCCACCACAUGAAAAGGGUGACAACGACAGCAUCGUGGCGGAUGAAUUAUUGAAAGACGAACUUGGCAUUCUCUUAGACCAUGAACUUACACUCGGUAAAUGCGAAAGCAGUAGCGAUGAACUGAGUGACGAAUUGCAAGACAUACUCAACGCUGAAGUAGAUGUUAUGUUAAAAGAUGGUAGUGAGAAUUCACAAGAAGACGUAAAGGCCCCAGCUUUAACCGCAAGUGAUCUGGCAUAUGCAAACACGCAGAACUCGAUCCAAAAUCAAAACCCGGCCAGUAAGGAGGCGCGUAUACGGCGACAAGUCAAUGCGCGCGGUACAGGACGUGCAAGUGCACCGAACUUUAAGCCACUCAUUAGCGAGACGAUUGUGCGACGUAUACGUAAGGGUUGGACGCUAUCUACAGCCGCUGAUAUUACGAUUGGUGAUUUGUAUGUGGUGUUGGGUCAAGAUUCGAAGUUGGAAUUAGAGUAUUACUGGACAGAUCGACAACAACAACAACCGCCAAAUAUGAAUGUCACAACUAACAAUAGUUCAAUAAGCAAUACCAAUAAUAUUAGCGGUUGUGUGGCACUUGCUGGCGGCGCUGUGGCCAUGGAGAGCAUGACACAGUCUGAUACAAAAGUUUUCAUGCAAAAGCAAAAUGGCAUGCCAUAUAAUCCAAGUGAAUGUGACGACCCCGACUUUCUUAAAGCCCUGUCAACUUCAAGUGUGGGGAAUAAACUUAAGCAUCUGCUGCUAAUUGCUAAUUUAAGCGAGCGUAUGCGCAAACGACAGUGCUCUUGUGGACACACUUGCGACCGUAAUGUAGCCAAGACGAGAUUGGAACGAAACAUAGCAACAAAAACAUAUGUGUCAACAAAAACUUUUGCCACAAACAACACCAAUGACAACAGUAAUGUGUUUCGUCAGCCAGUGGUACCCAUACGACGGCCACUCUUCAACAUGGAUAGCGUUAAGCAGGUGAAUACAAUGUCACGUCAAAAGCAAUCAAUACGUCAAGUGCUUGUGCAACGUAUGCUCUUACCUGGUAGCGGCACUGCCAAUAAGUCAUACGACGUGUUGAAUGUGUCGAAUGUCGACAAUACAGCGAAAUUAUCUGAAAAUGCAAACGAAAUAGUACAAAAUUCUUAUACAGAAUCUCAAGGCAAAAAGGAAGACAAUUUGUCUACAGCUAACAACACAGAAGAAUCUACAGUGUAUGCGUUAACGAAUCAGCAAACGUCAAUUGGCAAUUCCACCGCGAAUUUCAAUUCAACCGCAAACGAUUGUACUGAUGUUAACGAUGCUGUUGAAAGUUUGAGCGAGCCGCCGCAGUUAGACAAUAAUCCCACGCCUUCAAUGACACAUCAAAUGACUGAUGGCGCUCUAAGCAAAGUAAACAAUGCAGAUCUGAUGCAAAUAUUUGCAUCAGCAGCUGCCGAUGAUGCUAAUAACACGGACAUAUCACUUUCAUCUUCAUUUCCCGAUAGCGCCUUCGAUGAGUGCACAAAUACGAGCUCUUUUAAUGGCAUGACACCGACACAUUUACUGCGUGAGUCCACCUCAAACUCCCGUUGGCUUGAAGAGAAUAUCAAUGACUUCUCUUUAACCAGCUUACUGGGGCAUUUGGAUGAAAUUAAUGCAAGUCGUGACAUUUUGGAUCCUUCGUCGAAUUUAUCGGUGAUCAGCGAGAGCAGCGUGGACUAUAUGCAUAAAUUUCAAGAGAUUACUGCCUUAAUGCAGAGUCAAGAUAAAGACUAAAUGCUUGCAUUACGCUGAAAUUCAUUUUCAUAUACGGCCAAAUGCAGGACACUCGGAUUUAAAUUAUGUACAUAUAUAGUAAAUAAUUAGUUUUAUACCCUUAAACGCCAAUAGUAUGUAAGUAAAACAAAAAAAAGUGAAAACAACAAGCAUCAUUUAGUGCCCUCCCCCUAAAUUUAAUUAAAUUAUUUUCUAUAUGCAGGUUUAAGUUAAAAAAAGCAUUCACAUACAUUUGCAUGUACAUAUACACACACAUUAAUAUCGUAUUUAUGUACAUUUACAUUUGCAACGAAGACUUGUAUAUUUAGUUAUGCGCAUGACGGAAAUUCUAUUAAUACCUUUAAAUUCUAAUUUGAUUUAUAUUUACUCGAAGAAAAUGUUAUUUUUCGUUUUGCGGCAAAUUAACAUUUAUGUUGUUGCCACUCGUUAGUUACACUCAAUAAAACAUACCUUUGUACAUAUAUAUAUAUAUAAAUAGUAAUUGCUAAUUUUUAAGCCGACGUUGUGAUUUACGCUAUAACUACACUCAUUAAUUAUUGUUACAUAAUGAUGUAAAUUUAGUCGAGAUACGUACUUGUAUAUAUAUAUAUUUUUAUUAAAUGUCGAAAAGCCUUUAAUUUAUAUUGUUUAGCUCUCGCAAGUGGUCUGUAGCCUUUAUAUAUUUUUGUAUAAUUAAAUUUAUACUAUACUAUCUUAUUUAAUGCAUUCGAGCGCACAAAUAAACAUUAAUUAAAAUAAAAUAAAAAUAAAAAAACAUACAAACAUAACAAUCCAUCCUUAUGAGCGCAAAAAUUGGCUUCCAUUUUGCAGAAGAAAGCAGCUUACGUUAAAUGUAAGAAAGAAGAGUUCGCAUCAAAAAUGCAUGCAAAAUUAUUUAUAGAGAAAAUGUAUUGUAUUUAAUUAAGCGUUAAAGCAUAAGAAAAUAUUGUUACUUGUUUUGCCAUUUCAAACCCCCCCCAUUGUAUUAACGACGGUUUGUCUAUAUUAUUUUUCUUACGAUAAACCAUUACAUACAUACAAACAUGCAUAUAUAUAUAUGUAAGCAAUUGAACUUGUAUUAUUCGCGUAUGUAUUAUUAUAUCAUUGAAGUCUUUAAAAAUGAUUUAUUAGUCGUUUUUUUUAAAUUUUUCCUCCUUUAAAAUAAAUAUGUAAGAAGUCCUUAAAUAGUCCUUAGGUAAAUACGCGUCAUCCUAAGCAACAAACAGGAAAAUAGUUUUAAGAUUGUACUAAUCAAAUUAAUAGCUGGCAUGUGGCAAGUUAUAUUUUUGCCACUUAACCAAUGAAACGCAAAAAAAAAAUGCAAUUAAA